UUGGAAGCCCCGCCCCUCCUUAGCUCGGCCACGAGGAGGAGGCAGCAGGAGCGCGAGGAAAAGAAGCCAAAGGCACCGGUCGCGUGCGUAAAGGAGGCAGUUCAGAGCGCGCGCGCGAGAAAGAGACAGACACAGAGGGAGAGAGAGCGGCACGCGCCCACUCCUCGCAAAAGACUCCACAGGAAAGAAGGCUUUGGACUGUGAAGCCCACCAUGAGCCCACUUGAAGCGACCCUGGCCGUCUUCCUCGUCAGCAUCCUCGACCACGUUUCUGGCAACGCUGUGAGUUUAUGUGGAAGAAAUGAGUUUCAGUGUGGGAAUAGAGACUGCAUCCCUUACAAAUGGAUUUGUGAUGGCAAAGCUGAAUGCCAAGAUGGUUCUGAUGAGUCUCUGGAUACCUGCAAAUCUGUUACCUGUGAUCCAGGCCAAUUCAGCUGUGGUGGCCGCGUAAAUCGUUGUAUCAAUAUGAGCUGGCGAUGUGACUCUCAAACUGAUUGUGAAAAUGGCUCUGAUGAAGAGAACUGCCCCCCUAAAACCUGUGCGGAUAAUGAAUUUCAAUGCAAAAAUGGGAAUUGUAUUACUCUGGACUUUGUUUGUGAUGAAGACCGUGACUGUGAAGAUGGGAGUGAUGAAGAACACUGUUCUCCCCCAACCUGUAACCCCGAAAUGUUUCACUGCAACAGCUCAGAAUGCAUCCCUAAACUUUGGGCAUGUGACAAUGAUGCGGACUGUAAGGAUGGGUCGGAUGAAUCACCAGUACUCUGUGGGAAGCAAGUGACCAACCCCUGCUCCCCACUGGAGUUCCACUGUGGCAGUGGCGAAUGCAUCCAUCAGAGUUGGAAGUGCGAUGGUAGCUUUGACUGCAAAGACAGAUCAGAUGAGGCAAAUUGUGCAAAAGUCACGUGCCGACCAGAUCAGUUUGAAUGUAAUGAUGGCACUUGCAUCCAUGGAAGUCUUCAGUGCAACAAGGAAAAUGACUGCAAAGAUAUGAGUGAUGAGGUUGGCUGUAUCAAUGUGACAACAUGCAAAGGACCAAAUAUAUUUAAAUGUGGCUCUGGAGAAUGUAUCACUAUGGACAAAGUCUGCAAUGGCCUGAAGGACUGCAGGGAUUGGUCUGACGAGCCCCUCAAGGAGUGCCGAACCAAUGAAUGUCUGGCCAAGAAGGGUGGUUGUUCCCACAUAUGUAAUGACCUCAAAAUUGGAUAUGAGUGCUUAUGUCCUGAAGGCUUCCAUUUGAUUGACCAAAGAAAAUGUGAAGAUAUCAAUGAGUGUCUCAACCCUGAUACCUGUAGCCAAAGUUGUGUGAACCUGGAAGGAAGCUAUAAGUGUGAAUGUAAAGAAGGCUACCAGAUUGACCCUGUGACAAAGACCUGCAAAGCCAUUGGCACCAUUGCAUAUCUCUUCUUUACCAAUCGCCAUGAGGUCAGGAAGAUGACUCUGGAUCGCAGUGAGUACACGAGUCUGAUCCCCAAACUCAAAAAUGCAGUGGCCUUGGACAUGGAAGUUUCCAACAACAAAAUCUACUGGUCUGACAGCUCUCAGAAGAAAAUAUUUAGCACCCCAAUAGAUACAGCUCACAACCACUCCCAUCAUACUACAGUGAUUGAUAGUGGCAUCCGAUUCCCAGAUGGCCUAGCUGUUGACUGGAUACAUGGCAACAUUUACUGGACUGACUCAGGGCUGGGCAGCAUUUCUGUGGCCAACAGCGAAGGCUCAAAGAGGAAAAUGCUGAUCAAGGAACUUGGUGCCAAGCCACGAGCAAUUGUGGUGGAUCCAGUUCGUGGGUUCAUGUACUGGACUGACUGGGGCAUAUCUGCUAAAAUCGCCAAAAGUGGCUUGAAUGGAGUGGAUAACUUUCCUUUGGUGACAGAAGGCAUUCAGUGGCCUAAUGGAAUAACACUUGACUUGGUCAACCAGCGUCUCUACUGGGUAGACUCCAAGUACCACUCGGUAUUCAGCAUUGGUGUGGAUGGGGAAAACAGGAAGACCAUUCUUAUGAAUGAGGAGAAAUUGGCUCAUCCUUUUGCCAUCACAGUCUUUGAGGAUAAAGUGUUCUGGACAGAUGUCAUCAACGAAGCUAUUUUCAGCGCCAACCGCUUGACAGGCUCAGAUAUCACCAAGGUGGCACAGGACCUAUUUUCCCCAGAGGAUUUGGCUCUUUUCCACUCUGUGCGGCAACCAAAAGGUGUGAAUUGGUGUGAAAGGAGUGGCAUGACUAAUGGUGGUUGCCAGUACCUAUGCCUUCCUGCCCCACAAAUCACCCUCCAUUCUGCCAAGUACACCUGUGCCUGUCCUGAUGGCAUGUACCUAGCCAGAGACAUGAGAAGCUGCACAACAGAUCCUGUUGUCCCCAGUACCCGAGCUCCGGUUCCCAAUAUCUCAACUCCUGUUCCCGAUAUCCCAGCUCCUGUCAAUGUCACAGAGCAGCCAUCCAUCACAAGGAUUACACCUAAGAUUCCAAGGCUGAUAAAUGAAUCUGCCCCUGUCACCCCUGAACAUACCACCCCUGAAAUGGUCACCCUUUCUCAGAAAGCUCAAAAUGGGAUUGCUGCAGAAAUAGACGGGGCUAAACAGAGGGGCCCACCAGCGCUUUCUAUUGUCCUACCAUUAGUCUUAAUUUGUCUAGUCUCUUUUGGGGCUUACCUUGUUUGGAAGAAUUGGCGACUCAAGAACACCAACAGUAUCAACUUUGACAACCCUGUCUAUCAGAAGACGACAGAGGAUGAGAUUCACAUUUGUCGGAGUCAGGAAGGGUACACAUAUCCAUCGAGACAGAUGGUCAGCCUGGAGGAUGAUGCUGCAUGAACCUGCUUCAACCCCUGAAGUGCCUCUCUCCAGAACUUGCUGCUUAUUUUCGGGGAGGAGAACCUGUGUGCCCAGCCUCCAGUUUUCUCAGCCGUCCAACACCACUUCCUGAGUGACUUGGUGGACCUUUUUGCCCACAAUCUCUAUUUUCUUUUAAGAAAGGAUUUUGAUCAACUGCUGUCUAUGGAGGACAUUGCAAAGGAAGUUUGGCAGUUUUGUUGGGUUUUUACAUUGUUUUGUAUAUUUAUUUUUUUCUUUCUUGCAUCCAGUGCUGCCAAGAUGCACUGCAGUGUCUGGUUCUCCUUGCUCUGGGCAGGGCCACUGUUUUCUCAGCCGUGAAGGAGAGUUAAGGAUUUGACAAAAGAAGAGAAGGCUUUUCUCUAUACGCACUGCUUGGUGUCUCAGGGUCUUCUCAGGGGCUGGCCUUUGUGCCCUGCUGCUCAACUUUGAAAGCAUCCAGAAGCUGGCUAGAGGCCACCAGGGAAUGAAGAUGAGGCCGGAAACCAAGCCUGCCUCCUCCGUGAGCCUCGGGAGCUUUUCCUGGGAAGUGGAGCUUAGCCGUCCAUAUGCAGACCACAAGAAAUGUGUGACUUUGUUCUCAUUGGUUCCAAAGAAAAAGCAAAAAAAAAUACAAAGCUCAAGGCCCUGUAUCUCUUGUUUGGGUCCAGGGCUGCUGGUUCCUCUUCUGUCUUUCCUUGUCAGCCCAUAUUGCACUUUUGCCUAGUUUUUCUUUGGUCCUGUUCAUGAUCUGUGUAGCCUUAUGGUCUUAUAUAACUGUAUUUGCACUUGAUCCAUUUCUGGGUGUCUGGCCCCUGCGUGCCAGGAGAAUAAGUGGAGACCAUCCAACACAAACCAAUGAGACAAACAAGCCGACUGUAGGGGAAGGGCAAAGGGGAAGAACUCUGCAUUGGCUUGGUGCAAGUCCUCUGUGUGGACAUGGGACAAGUCGAUUGUGCUGGCCAAGAAACCAGGAAACUGAAGCCAUUCCUCCUGCGUGUUCAAACUUGACCACAGGUUUGCAGUUGCCUUAUGCUGCUCCUCUUGGUGUCAGAAUCUUUCACAGCUUCCUCUUGUCUACAACUUUGCUUUGCUUGGCAUACAGUCACUUACCUCUUUAUUUAUGAACAGAAGGGUUUUUUUAAUGUGGCUAUGAUGAGGGAGGAGGGGAAUGAAGAAUAGAUUCUCCCUCUUCCAUUUCUCACUGUAAUCUCUGAUUCUGCUCUUUAGAAAGGAAUGAAUAUUUUGUAUGUGCUUCUCCUGCAGCUUUCAUGGGUGAAAGUGUUGGGUGGCCAGUGUUCUAAAGCAGGUUGAAUCAGAGCUGGUGUAUUCUUCUGCUAUUCACUGACAUUUCUGUGACGAUAAAUGGGUGAUGCCCUGACCACUUAGAAAUUCAAAAAAUGCUGUAAACCGAUAUAUAUACAAAGAAGUAGAAUUGGUGCGAAUUCAGAGAUAGCGGUGUAGUUCAGUCCUCUCCAAAGGAGGACUACAUUUCAUUAAUUCACCCAUUUCUCCUAUAACAGCAAGCAAAUGUUGGCAGCAGUCUUGAAUGAAUAAUUGGCAACUUUAUAUUCUUGGAUUAGCAGAGUCAAAUUCCCUAACGUUCAUGGCGCAAAGCACUAAAUAGUAUACCAAGCAGAAUCGGUUAAAAUGUUUUUAUUUGAAGCUGUGAAAGAUUUGGACCUCUUACUUGUAAUUAUCAAGUGUGUAAAUAAUGUAUAUGUACAAUGUUGAGAUAUCUAUAUUUUCUUUGCACAAAAGUUGCCUUGUCUAUUUGUACAUAUGUUCAUAAAAUAUGAGUUAUUUAUUUAAGUUUAUAUUCUGACAGUUGCUAAUUUGGCUCUCUCAACUGAUCUCUUCCUCAAAUUAUGCCUUUGUCAUUCUUUGUGCUUAAAACUUGGAUGGAUAAAAUAACUGUGUGUGUGUAUGUAUGUAUGGGAGCAGAUUAACUGUGAUUACAUAAAGAGCAACCCUAGUCUGGAACAAAUCUGUGAAUAUAAUGUGUAAGACAUGCACUUGAGAAAGUGUAGUUUUAAAAGAGAAUGUUUUAUACACUGUUACAUCAGACUGUUAAGAUCUCUUUUCCUAAAUUGAUGCUUUGAUUAAUAAAUCAUACUCACUUGCUGCUCCUGCUGGUGCUCUUAACAGUAGUGCCCAAAGGUAUGGGGUUAGCUGAAACCAAAAGAACAAUUAGCUUUGUCUUUUUGUAAGAUGUAUUCAUUUUGUUACUUUGGUGGGGGCAUAUUUCCUAUGCGUUUGGUCUUUCACAGGAUCUUUAACUGGCUGCCUCCCAGAAUGUUCUUAACAAUUCAGCAGGAAAUGGCAGCAGCUGGAGAUGAUCUGAAACCAUUUGCUGUUUUUGAUUCUGUUGCUGUUCCAUAUUUGGAAAUGCUUAAACUCAUGUCUGUAACGCUUAAGAGGACUUGCAUGUGGCUGUCCAAAUUCAGAAGCACAAAUGCUGGUUUGCAGUAUCCUAAGUAUGAUUAUGUUAGUGGCCUAAACAGUUUUCGAAUGUCCUGAUUUGCCUCACCUUGAGAACAGAUUGGUUCUCUUGCUUUUCUUCAUAAUGGCGUUGUCCUAAAUCAUGGGCCUUAAAGUGAGCUCCUAGUGAGAUUUUUGUUGGAGUGAAAUUUAAAAGAGGGGUGUUUCUAAAAGGAAGGGUAGUCGAUUGACUUGCAGUAUGAAAAGAACUAGCAAGGUACUUUUAGCUCCCAUUCAGAGCCAGGCAAAGACCCUUAGUGCCUCUCCUGUAUUUUGCAUCGCAAUACUUUUGCCGAGUGAGCAAGUCAAAACAACAGACUUAGGCCUAUAUAUCAUCCGUUAAGUGCUGUUCGGUCAUCCUGUUUAAUCUGCUACAAAUUCUGUAGUAGGAAAUACCUUUUAUACACAAGUAUUAAUAAUGGUGCUAAUUUGGAACCCAAAAAGUGGUGUUUGGUGAAAAAGCUGCUGCUGCUGCUGCUGCCACCAUUUUUGUGCUCUGCAGGGGACUGACGAGCUGCUUUAACCCAGUGGGUCCCCAGAUGUUUUGGCCUUCAACUCCCAGAAAUCCUAACAGCUGGUAAACUGGCUGGGAUUUCUGGGAAUUAUAGCCCAAAACACCCAGGGGAAACACAGGUUGAGAACCACUGCUUUAACCCAUUUCAUGGGCCUGUUUGUUUCUGCAGGGUCAAAAGACUGGGCUUCUUGGCGCCUUUCUCUCUUUGAUGAGUCUUAGGAGAAUUCCAGAGCACAGCUGUGGUGGCAUGAUAAGGUGAUCCAGAAUUCAGGGUGUUGAUGCUAAAAUGUCAGUAAAUCUUCCAUGCUGCAGUUUACCAAAAGGGUGGGAACUGGUGCAGGAUUGUCUAGUAAGAAUGCAGGGGAGAAGGGGAGUAGGCACCUGCUUAUUUCCAGUGGUGUAAAUAAGGUCCUUAAAAGAUGACCUAGAAAUCUGUGAAUGAUAGGGCUGUCUCUCCCUCAGUGCAGAAUCCCUGUUUCAUGCUUGCAUAAACUGACAUUCUCUGAACGAGGCAAAUACUUGUAGCUCAGAACAAUCAGGGUUCUCUAUUUCUGGAAAGAAGGCACAGUUUUCUCCUCACCAGUUUCCAGUUUGAAAGCAAAAAUGUUACAAGUCUCUCGAAAGCAGGAAAGAGUGAUCAGCCUUAAAUAAUUUUUUAAGAAUUUCUUGAGCAACAAUGCUCAUAAUGAUUGUCAGUGGCUGUCUGGUUGGGACUGAUAGAAGUCACAGUCCAAACAUGGUGGGUACCAAAUUGAUGAAGUCAGACCAGAAAUAUUUGGUUUUGUGCAUCUCUUUGGGCUUUAUGCAAGUGCUGAAUGAAUGAGAGUCCUCUUUGCAACUACAGAGCUCUACGUUUUUUUAAAAAAAGAGUGCCCUUUAAAAAAAAUGGGAAUGUUACCCAGAAUAUGCCGAAGUUCAAUAAAUCUUGAAAUACACUGAAACUGA